CAACAAACCUGAGUGAAACACAGAGCUAAAAUUUCACCCGAAUGCAAACUAGCUCCCUGAAUUCCCUAUCUGGAAGGAAGAUGGGCUGUGCAGAGGGUAGCCCAAAGAAUACUGGAUACGUGUAAAAUCCUUGAGAAUCCUGCAGAUUGAGAUGUCAAAUAAAAGCAAGCUACUAGUUUCAUUCCUUAGAAACACGGUGCUGCAGCAGGAUACAGCCCACACCUACGUUUUGCCUCCAGGAAGCAUAAAUCCUUCCCUGAGGAAGAGUACCCGACUCUCUGGAGGAAGGCACGGUGUGAAAGGACUCCUCUGCUUCAGGGUGCAGCUGGAGGUUACGUAUUUCAUUGUGAUCUUUGGUUGUAUGACCGGUUGGGAGCAUGUCAAGGGAGCGAAGUGUUCAUUUCUUGAACUCCACCAAGAUUCACGAGUAAACACGCAGCUCUCGAUGCUCCGGAUCAGCUACCCGAGGCUGCAAGCUGGUGCCGAGGAGAUGGGCAAAGCAAGCGCAGAAGUAAAGGCAGCUUAUACCAAUGGAAGGGUUCCCUUUCACCCUCGCUUCUGGGACACCAGGGGACGUGUGCUUGCCAGGUGGGAGCAGGGCAAGGCGGGAGGGCCAGGAGUUGCCGCAACACCAAGGCUCUGGGCUGCGCGCAAAGGCGUCAGCAGAGCGGGCUGCUCGGGGCGCCUGGCCUCUCCUCAGGCAGCGAGAGCUGCUUUUCCUGGCCCUCGUGCCCAGGGACAAGGCUGGGAGGGUCGGCAUUAGCCAUGCAGGGGAGGGUCAUGGGGGGAAAUCAGGCUUUCGAUCAACAUACAGAAUUUCCUCUACAGGCUACCGCGUUGGCGAUGCUCUGUAUUCGGCAGCUGGAACGUCAGUCUGAAGCAGUAGGAAACAGGCUGCUUCCGUAUGGCUGUGCUGUACUGCUCCUUGUCUAACCGGGCAUGUGGUCGGAGCUGCUAAUUAAAAAGUGAGGUGCCUCUUAA